GGCACCUGCGCAGGCUGCGGACAUGAUCAAGGCGCUUCACGAUAAUCUGCUUAAGCCGAGUCAGUUCGUCGACGCAGACGAGCACGUUCCAGAUGAGCUGAAGGAACUGUUCGAUGACUCUUCGAGGGUCCGCGCGCUGGUGGCGCUGAUGGACACGGACGGCGACGGCAAGAUCGGCUACUCGGAGUUUCUCGCGGCCGCCGCGGACGCCGCUCUGCAGCAGAGCGGCGCUGCCGCGUGGGAAGUCUUCAGGACGUUCGACCUGGAUGGCGACGGCAUCAUAACUCAGGCCGAGAUGGAGAAGCUUCUCGGCGAGCCCGCGCUUGGGAAGGCCGUGAACUACAACUUCCAGGGGAACGUCACCCACGAGGUCAGCCGCGACGCAGACCUGCAGAAGGCCUACGCCGUGGUGGGCGGGAGCCCAAAAGACGCCAAGCAGAUGUUCGAGAUGCUGGAUAAGGACGGGGACAAGCAGGUCACCUUCGAGGAGUUCAGGAAUCUGAUCUUCGGCCAGUAGGAGUAGGUAGGAGCCGAUGGCCGUGGUCGGGUGGCCACACUGAGCGGCCAGGGGGGUAUCUUGGAUCAGCGAGUUGCCUCCGAACCCCGCCUUUCGGGCACACGAUCACGCAGAGUGGCAACGCGCGCCGCGCGCGCGCGGGGAAGGCGCCGCGCUGGGGGCCCAACACGGGCCCGCGGCCCCGCGUCACCACGCUCUCGCAGCGGGCGGUGGCCCGCGCUCGCGCCAUCGGAGCCCCGGCCUGGGCAAGCCACCGGGGCAGGGUGCCUCCCGAGCACGGGCGCCGCGCCGCACAGCCGCUGGCGGAGCGGACCGCCGCGUCGAGGGUCGGCCGGGCCUGCGGCUCCCAGACUGGCAUCGUUCGCGCGCAGAGAGCCGACCCAUCUUCGCAAGGCAGGCAG